AUGACAGCGAACAACAUUGUCGUCAUUGGUGCGGGAGUAUCUGGCCUCACAACUGCGCUGUUGUUAUCCCAGGAUCCAGCCAAUAAAGUCACAGUGGCUUCCAAGCAUAUGCCAGGAGACUACGACAUUGAAUAUGCGUCUCCAUGGGCGGGUGCAAACUAUAUGCCUAAAAUCAGAUUUGGAAAGAAGGAUAGCGAUCAUGCAGAAUGGGAGAGAGCCACUUGGCCCAAGCUGCGGGAUCUAGCAAAGAAUCACCCGGAAUCAGGUAUUCACUUUCAAGAUGUGACCAUUCAUAACCGAAUUAAGGAUCAAGACUCUGUUACAGGCCAAUGGUCUGCAGAAUUAACCCAGGCCGAGCCUUGGUUCAAAGAUGUUGUUCCCAACUUCCAAAAUCUUCCUCGGGAGCAACUCCCUGGUGAUAUUGACAAUGCGCAAAAGUUUACCUCUGUCUGCAUUAACACAGCAAUUUAUCUUCCCUGGUUGGUCGGCCAGUGUAUCAAGAACGGUUGUGUGUUCAGAAGGGGCGUGUUCAAGCACAUUUCCGAUGCUGCAGAUGCUCAUCACUCUGGUGCCAAGGCAAAUGUGGUUGUUAACUGCACCGGCCUCGCCUCACGAACUCUUGGGGGGGUGGUCGAUAGUCAAGUUUACCCUGUUCGUGGCCAAAUCAUGAUUGUGCGAAAUGACCCCGGAUCCAUGUCCGUGAUUUCCGGCUCCGAUGAUGGAGGAGACGAAGUUUCAUAUAUUUUCCCUCGGGCUGCAGGGGGUGGGACCGUAAUUGGCGGAACUUACCAAAAGGAUCAGUGGGAUCCCCUACCGGACCCCAACACCGCCAACCGAAUUAUGCAGCGUGCCAUUAAGCUCGAUCCCCGACUUGUCAAGAAGGGCCAGGGGGUUGAAGGGCUGGACAUCGUGAGACAUGGAGUUGGCUUGCGUCCUGCCAGAACAGAUGGCCCGCGCAUUGAGAAGGACCAAGUCAAUGGGGUCAAGAUUGUUCACAACUAUGGCCAUGGAGGAUUCGGCUAUCAGGUAUCUUUCAGUUGUGCUGAAAAGGCAGCCAAUCUGGUGAAUGAGCUCAUCUCAGGACAAGACCGAGCUAAGCUGUAA